AUGGCGUCCACAGACCGUGAGAUCGAUACUGUUGCAGCUCCGUGCGAUAACGAGGUCACCCAGCAUGCCGUCCUAAAUGAAAAGGCUAUGGAUUCCGAUUUGGACAAGGAGAACCAGAUCACUCCCGAUGGCGGCGAACCCACUCUCUCAGAAAAGACUUCCUUACGCCAUAUCGCAGAGAACCUGCCCCUCUCCGCCUGGUUGGUGGCUGUUGUCGAGCUGAGCGAGCGUUUCACCUACUACGGAAUGUCUGGUCUGUUCCAGAACUACGUCCAGCGACCUCGGGAUGGUAGUGAGGGACGUGGUGCGCUCGGUAUGGAUCACCAGGGUGCUACCGGUCUCACCACCUUCUUCCAGUUCUGGUGUUAUGUUACCCCCAUCAUCGGUGCCAUCAUCGCCGAUCAGUAUCUCGGCAAGUACAAGACCAUUGUGCUGUUCUGUAUCGUCUACAUGGUUGGUCUGCUCGUCCUCGUCUGUACCUCCAUCCCCACGGCCCUGGAUCACGGCUCGGGUAUCGGUGGUUUCAUUGUUGCCAUCUUGAUCAUCGGUCUGGGUACCGGUGGUAUCAAGAGUAACGUGGCUCCUUUGAUUGCGGAUCAGUACAAGCGGAAGAAGAUGGCCAUCACUACGACCAAGAAGGGCGAGCGCGUGAUCAUCGACCCCGCCCUGACCAUUCAGCGUAUCUACAUGAUCUUCUACGGAUGCAUCAACGUCGGUUCGCUCUCCCUUCUCGCCACUCCCUACAUGGAGCUGUACAUCGACUUCUGGCCCGCCUACCUUCUCUGUCUCUGCAUGUUCAUGGUUGGUACCCUGGUGAUUGUUCUCGGCCGCAAGUUUUACGUUGUUCGCCCGCCCCAAGGCUCCAUCAUCACGGACGCUUUCCGCGCCCUCUGGAUCAUGGUCAAGAACCGCAACAUGGAUGCCCCCAAGCCCUCAUGGCAAAACGAGCACAAUGGUGUCUCGGCCGUCAAAUGGGACGACCACUUCAUCGACGAGCUGAAGCGCGCCCUGGUCGCCUGUCGCGUGUUCGCCUUCUACCCGAUCUACUGGGUUGUCUACGGACAGUUCUCCGGCAACUUCGUCACCCAAGCCGGCCAGAUGGAAGGCCACGGCAUUCCUAACGAUCUGAUGCAGAAUUUCGACCCGAUCUCCGUCAUUGUUUUCAUUCCCCUUCUGGAAACCUGCGUCUACCCCCUGAUGCGCCGCAUGAAGAUCCCCUUCCCCCCAUCACCCCACCUGAUCUACUCCGCCGGACCCUGCUACGGCCACCCUUUGUGCGCAGCCUCGGAGGUCGACGGCGCCGCCCAAGGCAACAGAGUGCACAUCGCCAUCCAAACCCCAGCCUACAUGUUCAUCGGUGUAUCUGAGAUUUUCGCCUCGGUUUCCGGUCUCGAAUACGCCUACACCAAGGCACCUCCCAGCAUGAAGUCCUUUGUGCAGUCGAUGUACCUCCUCACGAACGCCUUCGGAUCUGCUAUCGCCGAGGCCCUCACUCCCGCCGCUUUCGACCCCGCCAUCAUGUGGAUGUUCACCGGUCUUGCCUGUGCGUCCUUUGUGGCUGGUCUUAUCUUCUACACCAUCUUCCAUCACCUGAACGCGAAGGAAGAUGAUAUGAACGCCCUCGAUGCCGACGACGAUAUUCUCGAAGCGGAACGGCGCCAGUCCAAGGAGUAA